UUGUGAUGGUGGUGGUGGCAGCAGCUGCGAGCGACUAGCACAUCGGUGUCCCUAGGAUUUCCUUUUGCGCGUCUCUCCAACGGGCAGGCAAUCUGAACGCACAGCGUACAGUCUUUGCCGAAGGUUGGAUUUUGUCGACCAAGCUAAUGAAAUGCAAGUUCACGCAACAACUCUGGAGCCUGUUCGCUGCAGACUGCAAAACUUUUUCUUAGAGGACAACACAAUAAAACGGCAAGCUUGCUGUUCGGUGUGAUGGUCGCCCGUAACAUCCGGAUGUUGUAUGGGUUGUUUUAGAGUAGAGUAGCCGUUCAGGCGGGGGAAGAGAGCCGGGGAGACCCGGCAGCUUUGCUGGCUCGGUCUUGCACGCUCCGACAUUGUUGUCUCCUUUCUCGCACAUCGGCUACGGUGAUACUGAAACAUUGAAUGGUUGCGACAGUGCUUCUCCCGGAGGAGGGAAGCAACCAGCACCGCUUGUUUACAGUCAUUUGAAAGUACCCUUCUUCAGAAUUUCAUCCCUGGAAAGACUUGGAGCAGGACAGAGAGGGGUUAGAAGGACGGGAGUCUUGGGCUUGACAAAGUUCUUCCAAAAUACUGUUUCACAGCACAGAUGAUGGGGGAUUUUGCAACCCCCGCUGCCGCGAAUGGCAGUAGUAUUUGCAUCAACAACAAUGCCAUCGGCAGCGGGCUAAGUGCGAACAACAACACCUCCACCAACAGCCUGGGCAUUCCGAAACACAGCACCGUGGUGGAGCGACUCCGGCAGCGGAUCGAGGGCUGUCGGCGCCACCAUGUGAACUGCGAGAACCGGUAUCAGCAAGCGCACGCCGAGCAGCUGGAGAUCGAACGCCGCGAGACGGUCACUCUGUACCAGCGCAGCCUGGAACAGAGGGCGAAGAAGUCCGCUAACAACAAGCAGCAGAGCAAGCAGCAAGACCCCGAUUCUGCAGCAAACACAGAACAGAGGAACAACACACUGAUAGCGCUUCAAGAGACGGUGAAAAGGAAACUGGACAUUGCUCGCUCGCCUUUGAACGGAGAUCAGAAUGGCCUCUGCGACGGGAACUACUCCCCAAGCAACAAGAGAUUACGGAAGGAGGGCGGUUUGGACUCGCUGGGGAACUUACCCAGCAGUGUACCUCCCAUCUCCCCCCUCCAUCAAAUGGACAUCAAGCCACCCCUGGCCAACAACAGCAAUGGCAACAACAUUGCAGGAAAUGGAAACGCUGGAAGCAACCACCUCACCGGGCGGCCAGACGAUCUCGGCAAGAACGGCGGUCUGCCCGACAUCAAGCUGAACGGGUCCUUGGACCUGGACGAUAGCUUCAGCCUGCUCAAAGACAUGAAGCAAGAGCCUCAGGAUGAGGUUGGAUGUAUGGAGUCGUCGGACACGGCCCUCUCGAACCAGAACAAGCUGUUUUCCGACUUCAACCUCAACGACCAGGAGCUCCAGGAGCUGAUCGACGAGCUCGCCAACACGGUGCCCGAGGACGACAUGCACGACCUGUUCAACGAGGAGGACGACUUCGACGAGAAGAAGGAGGCGGACUUCACGCGACUGCCCACCCAGACGUCGCUGCCCCAAGACCCGCCGCAGCCCGUGUCCGCCCCCGCGCCGCCCCCGCCGCCCUCCCAGAGCGGGCAGAUGCCCAUGGGCUCCCCCCAGGUGCGGCCGUCCUCCUCCGGCCCGCCCUUCGCCACCGCCGCCAGCGCCACGCCGCCCCAGCAGCCCUUGCAGCAGUCGCCGGCCGUCGCCAUGGCGUCGGGCUCGCCGGCCAACUGCGUGGCGCAGUCGCCGCAGGCGCCCACCCAAGCGCAGACGCAGGCGCCCCGGCCCGGCAACGGCUACAUGAUGAGCGCGGGGCCGGCGGUCGGGCCGGUGGGGUCGACGUCGGUGUCCGGCGGAGGCCCGGGUCCAGGUGGAGGUGGCGGCGGCGGUGGUGGUGGGGGACCGGUGCCUGUCCCUGUACCAGGCCCGCCCAGCGCUGACCUCUCCCCAGCGGAGCAGCUGAAACAGAUGGCCGCCCAGCAGCAGCAGAGGGCCAAGCUCAUGCAGCAGAAGCACCAGCAGCAGCAGCAGUCGCAGGCCGCCAACUGGUCGCCCGCCGGCCCUCCCACCAGCCCCUACGGGGGACCCUUCAACCCCGACAAACCAAAUAGCCCCAUGAUGUACCCUCAAGCCUUCAGCUCGUCCAACCCCAUGGUGCCAGCCAUGGCUGGGAACCCGCAGAAGCCCGGCAUGAACAACUACCUCCAGCAGAAUCACAUGAGCAUGAUGACUCCGCAGCAGCAGCAGCAACAACAACAACAACAACAACAGCAACAACAACAGCAGCAGCAGCAGCAGCAGCAGCAACAACAACAACAACAACAACAACAGCAGCAACAGCAGCAGCAGCAGCAGCCACCAAACAACAUGGCCGCUGCGCAGAGUGUCCUCAGCAAGCAGCUGUCCUACAGCAACACCAAGCCCCUGAGCCACUUCAGCGCCAUGGAGCACAUGGCCCAGCGGAUGACGCCGCCCAUGGCCAACCAGGGCAAGAGCCCCAUGAUGCCGUACAUGCAGGGCCCGGCGGGGCAGGGCGGAGGGCCACCCCCUGCGCAGGGGCCCAUGCCUGGACAGACGGCCCACCUGAGCGAAGAGCAGAAGAGGAUGCUGCUGAUGAAGCAAGGGAUGACCUACGGGCCCAUGCCGACACACGGACAGGACCCGGCCAUGGUGGCCAUGUCGCGGCAGGCGGGCGGAGUCCAGCCCCCUCACGGCGCGCCUGGAGGAGUGGCCCCGGGGGGGCCCAGCGCGGUGGGGCCCGGGCCAGGGCCGGGGCCAGGCGGUUACCUGGGCAACCCGCAGCAGCAGCAGCAACAGCAGCAGCAGCAGCAGGCGGCCAUGAUGAAGCAGAUGAUGGCGAUGGAGCAGGAGAAGAGGGUGCAGCUGCACCUGAUGGAGCAGCAGAAACAGCAGCUGCUCCGCGAGAGGCAGCAGCAGCAGCACAUCAUGGCAGAGCAGUUACAGCAGCAGCAGCAUCUCCCAAGGCAAAUGGGGCAGCCACAGAGAAACCCAUACCCUGUCCAGCAGGUCAACCAGUUCCAAGGGUCGUCUCAGGAGAUGGCAGUGAGGAACCUGCAGAACAUGCGCAAUGCGAGACUCCUCCAGCAGCAGCAGCAGCAGCAACAGAUGCAGCAGAUGCAGGGUGGCGCCAUGCAGGGCGGGAUGCCCGCGCAGCCCGACAUGGGCAUGCCCUACGGAGGCCAGCCGGGCGCCGGCGCCAGCCAAGCGGGCCUGUACGCAGCGGGCAUGGGCCAGAUGCAGCAGCAGCAGCAGCAUCCCAACCAAAGCAGCAUGGCCAUGGCCCACGGGGGGCCCGCGCCCGGGCACCGGCCGCCAGGCGGGGGACCCGCUGGCAUGAUGCCCGGCGCCGGAGGAGCGGGGGGAGGAGGGUACAGCCAGGGCAUGCUCCUCAACUCUGCCCUGAAAGGAGGAGGCCAGCCAAUGAGCAAGGCUCAGGCUCAGAGACUGCAAAGCAUGAUGGGAGCUGGCGGCGCAGGCUGGCAGCAGCAGCAGCAGCAGCAGAGCAUGCAGCCAAUGGGCGGCAGGACUACAAACGAAAUGGUGGGCUUCGGGGGUAUGCCAGCCGGGUAUGGAAUGCCACCGGGUCAGGGUCCGCCGCGCAUGCCCAAGCAGCACUAUGGGCAAGGGGGCAUGGUGGACCCACGCGCCAUGAACCCCGCGGGCAUAGGCCCUGGUGGUGCCCAAAUGAUGCCUCCGCACAUGGCAGCCCAGGGCAGGACCAACCAACCACGCGGCAUGAUGAUGCCCGGCAUGAACCAGGGCGUGCCCGCCAGCAUGGCGUCGGCGUUUGGACAAGCUGGGGGGCAGCCGGGGGGCAUGGGAGGACCGGGCGGAGCUGGAGGGGGUGGAGGGUAUCCAGGAGGGGCCCAGCCGCAAGGCUACCAGCGGACAUCCAGUCAGGACCUAGCGUACGGCUAUGCCAGUCAGUCAGCGGGGGGCGGGGGAGGUCAGUUUGGCCUGUCGGACGGAACGGACUUGGACUCAACGGACGGUUGGAUGGAGGAGUUUUUCCCCAACCAAUAG